CUUGCUUGGAGACGAUGGAACAUAGUUUGGCAUCGGUGGUGCUGAAGAUCUGACGCACAGGAGGCAUCCGCCGGAAAUGCUUCUCCGCCUCUCCCGUCCAUUGCGCAAUGCUGUGCAUUCCCUCCGCCCAUCCCCCGCUGCAGCCCACUCUGGCCAGCAGCAUCACAGCACAGCACAGCAUGUCAGCUGCCGGCCUUUCUUCUCAUGGAUCAAGAAGCGGCGGCGAAGCGACGGACCGCCGCCGAGCCAGUCAACAGAGCCUGGACUAGUGGGCCUCCCUGGUACACAGAGAGUGAGAUAGAUAGAUGACACGACCCAUGGCACGCAUUCGUGUGGCCGUGUGUCUGUCCGUUCGUGCGCGCCUGAACCCAGGUGUGUUCAAGCCCCCUGAUUUUGUGGAUCUGGCGAGGGAGGUGGUGCGGGACUCCAGACGGCUGCUGAGCAGCGGCAACGAGGACUUUGGCCGAACCGCAAAGCACGCCGUCCACACGCUCGACGCUGUGUCAAAUGCCCUCUGCAAAGUGGCAGACGCAGGUGAGCUGAUUGAUGGAUGGGCGAGGUGGCCAUCCAUCCAUCCAUCUUUGCAUCCAUCCUGGCAUCCAUUUAUGGCAUUCAUUCAGGCGAGUUGGUACGUACGCUUUCAAACGAUCCCGAGUGGGUGCAGAGCAGCAACGAGGUGGUCAACGAGAUCAGCGGGUGCAUAGCGCACUUCAACCUGGACACCCACAUCUACCGCACACUCACGGGCCUCGAGGAGAGGGGCAGGGGGGAGGGGGGCGUGGCCGACCUAACAGAGGAGGAGAGGAGGGUGUUUGUCGCCAUGAGAGAGGCCAUGGAGCAACAAGGCGUCCACCUCCCAGAAGGGUAGGUACACCUACCUAUGCCUGUGCCACGUGUGUGGGCACUCGUUCUUCCCUCUGUUAUGUCCGCAUGGCAUGAAGUGAGCGAGAGAUGGCGAUAGCCAACAUCAAGAUGGAGUCUGAGCUGGCCUACGAUGUCAUUGCCAUGUCGCGAUCGCAGCAGCGGGGCCUGUGGCUCAGCUCUGACGCCCUCACCAAGGCCUUCGACGCCACUGACUUCGAUGUGACGAAACACCUGGGCACCCUGCAGCGGCGGCACAGCGGGGGCGAGGAGCAGGUUUAUGUGGCGGAGGACAGCUCCGUCGCAAGAGCCAUCGUCAACUACGCCAAAGACCCAAAACUCAGAGAAAGGUCCGCGCAAUCGCUUCCUGUCCCUCUGUCUUGGCCUGUAUGUGCGCUAUGUGUCUAUCCAGGGUGUUCAAUCUGUCGUCGCAGAGCAACCAGGAGGUGGAGUCUCUGCUGGUGGAGCUAUUGUCCACUCGGCAGCAGCUGGCACAGUCGAGGGGUUACCAGAACUGGAACCACUACAGCCAGAGAGAGGGCAUCCUCAGGCAACCGUCACAGGUGGAAGGCUUCCUUAGCGACGUGCUCGAAGGCCUCAGACCUGGUAUCGACGGCCGGAUGGAUGGACACAAUCGAUUCAGCAGGAGAUUGUGUGCACAAGUGUGGACGCAAUUUGAUGCAGGUAUAGCGUGCGAGCUGGAGACGUUGUCUCGGAUGAAGAGGGCCGUGGAGGGCGGCGGCAAGGGGGACGGACUCAUGCCCGCCGACCUCCACUACUGGACCAACGUCUAUAAGAGAAAACACGCCGCCGACACCGCCGACAAAAUGAAGUCAGAGGGAGCCAGACAGACACAGACACAGACACAGACAGACAGGCAGGCAGGCAGACAGAUGAUAUAAGCUAUGGCCGUCCUCUCUGUCUCUGUUUGCCCCUGGCAGGCCCUACCUAACGCUUUCUUCUCUGUUUGCGGGGGUCCGGCAUGUGCUCUCGCAUCUGUUCGAAGUGGACCUGCGGCCCACACCAGCACACCCACGCGAGCUGUGGCACUCAGACGUCCUCAAGUUCACCUUGCACCCCCUCAACGCGCCACAGGACGGAUCCUCGGUGCCCCUGGGCACCCUGUACGUCGAUCCAUGGGACCGGCCUGGCAAGAACGUCGACUCUGCACAGUUUACUGUGCGGUGUUCCAAGAACAUGGGCUGGUUGAGGGAGCACGGCAUCAGUCUCGGUGGGACGCUGCAGGACAUGGGUGUGGUGGACGGCUACCAGACGCCCUGUACAGCCCUGGCGCUGCGGUUGUCCCCGCCGGCGCCCGCUCUCUCGUUUUCAGCGGCCGAUCGGAUGAAGGGCACGUUCGUGAGCGCGGCUGAGGCCAAGAACGUGUUCCAUGAGUUUGGUCACGUGACGCACGCGUUGCUGUCCCACACGGAGAUGCAGCACAUGUCCGGCACUCGAGGGGCGGUGGACUACGUGGAGUUCCCCAGCCACUUGUUCGAGCACUUCGGCAGCGUCCCCGAUUGCAUCAGUGCCUUUCUGCGGCACUGCCGCACCGACGAGACGAUGCCCCAAGAGUUAGUGAAUGCCUUCGGAAAGGCAAGACUGUUGUUCGUACACACCGAGAGCGCACAGCAGGUAACGUCCAGCCCUAUGGGACGGAUGGGACGAGUUGCUGAGCCACCUAUCUGUUGCUGUUCGAUCUGUCUUUAUCUCCCUCGUUGGUUCACGUGUAUGUAUGACAGGUCUUGUAUGCGCUGAUCGACCAGGGGUUUUACCAUUAUGGCAAGCCCCCUUUUGGCGUGUCUGCAGUGCAGUCGCACCUGGCGUCCUAUCUGCAGACCUUCGGUGCCCUGACGGCUCACCCCACUGACGCCGCCCCCGCCCCCCUCCUCUCGUACCUCUCGCCCCCCGCACUCGCCACAUUCGACCACCUCGUCCACUACGGUCAGUUAGCACCCACGCGUAAUAGAAUGCGCGAGCAUGAGAGGGGGGGCUUCCAUAUAUCCAUGUAUCCAUCCAUCCGUGAAUGGGUGUGCUGUGUGUGGUGCGUGGCAGGUGGUUCGUACUACUGCUACCUAUACUGCCGUGUGUUGUCUUCCUACCUGUGGCACGCGGGGUCGUUUGCACACGGCGACCCGUGGGCGCGGGACAAGGGCCGACGGCUAGAGGCCAUCUUCCGCAGCGGCAGUGUGACGCCCACGCUGGGCAGUGUGCUCACUCUGGUUGAUGGAAGUGCUGUGGACACCUGUGAGUUUCGUGUGAGUGAGGAUGCGCCGGAGAAGAUCCCACUGGAGCCGUACUUACGAGACCUGAGGCAGGGCCUGCCGGCCGGAGACUGAGCGAGUGAGUGAGAGGGGAGUGAGUAGUGAUGACUUGGACGCCUUUUGCCUGGCAUUCGACGUAGACACGUGCCCCAUGUAGACACGCAUUCAACAUAUUGAUAGGAAGCGAGUCCGAUACCAAGCCCAUAUUCAUC